AUGACUGGCAUCAAAGGAUACCUCGUUGGGGACAUCCCGGCCCAAGCGGCUUUUACUUCGGAAAUCGUCAUCAACGGGCUUCCACCUCUCCAAGACAUUGUAAACCAACAGGAUGUUCAACGCAAGAUAAUGGACACCCGCCCCGGUAUGUACCUGAAGUAUCUGCCAAACCUCUACGACCCGGUGAACGGUCAACUGCGAAGCGGCGGGGCGUACUUGUUCGACACGACUCAACAGGCAGCUGAGUACUGGGAUUGGACUACCAACGUCUUUGAGGUGAACAACGUCAAGUUUUGGAGUCAGUCUUUGUUCAGGUCUACAAAGCGCUUCGUCUGGGAAGUCAUUGGAGCGACCAACUUCGCGCCAGUCGACACUCACGCUGUUGGCAGAUACCAACGCUGGACCUACGAUGGGGCCAAUGUUGAGAAAGAACUGCAACGCAUCUACCCAGAGCUUAAGAGGAAGGCCGAGGAUCAGGGAGCAGUCGCGAUCUGGCUCCUGCAUUCCCCCGGAGAAAAGCAGAUCGGUAUACAGCUCGCUUUCAGCAAGGUUGAAGGAGCCGACCCUGAAGCAGUUGGACACAACUCUUUUGCUCGCGCUGUCUCCCAGGUCUCCUUGGAUUCCAUCUUCCCCAGCUCCAUAAAGGCCCAGAAGAGCGUGGAUAGGACUAGUCUGUUCCUAGCGAUCUGGCUCCCCAGGUCACGUCUUGCAGGUGGGGUACCCCAGUCACACCCGAUGUAUCCCACGCUUCCUGUCGUUCAAGACAUUUAG